AUGAGUGUCUCCAAGUCCGAGCCGAUCCUCAUUGUCGGAGCCGGUGCCUUCGGCCUGUCAACCGUACUCCAUCUUCUCCAAGUCGGCUUCACAGACAUCACAGUUCUCGACAGAGACGAUGAAGUCCCCUCUCGCUUCUCCGCCGCCAACGACAUCAACAAGAUUGUCCGAGCAGAAUAUGAAGAUGACUUCUACACAGAUCUUACUCUGAAAGCCAUCGACGCCUGGCAAACGCCCCUGUUCGCUCCGCAUUUCCACCAGACCGGUUUUCUCCACUGUGUAUCCGGCUCGGCCCCGAAGGAGGCUUACGACACACUGAAGCGGUUCCAAAAUGCGGCCGAGAGACACCCUCAAAUCAAGUCUUCGGUGACCCACAUCAACGAGAAGAAGGAUAUUGACGCUGUCUGCUGGCAGUACAAGCCGAACCCCUUCCCCGGAUGGCACGGGUACCUGAACAAGCUCGACGGAUACGCCCACUCUGGCAAUGCCUUGCGGUCAAUCUAUCCUCUCACAAAGACUAAGGGUGUGAAGUACAUACUAGGCAGUGCCGGAGCUGUCUCUGAGAUUGUCUAUGAUGAGUCCUCCUCCAUAGACCGGAAGGCAAAGGGCGUCAAGACCGUCAACGGCCUCUUCUAUCCCUCCCGUCUCGUCAUCGUCGCUACCGGCGCCGCUGGUGGAAAGCUGAUCCCCGAGAUCGGCAAGCAACUUGUGGCCAAGUCCUGGUCGGUUGCUCAUGUUCACCUCACCGAGGACGAGACGUCCGCUCUCCGUGGCAUCCCCGUCACCUAUGCGCGCGACUUGGGCUUUUUCUUCGAGCCCGAUCCGAAGACUAACCUCCUCAAGAUGUGUCCUAUGGGCGGCGGUAUCAUCAACACUGACCCGAAGAGUGGCAUCUCUUACGCCCCCGGCAGUAUCAGUGAGAGCGCCUUCUUGCCCGAAGACGACGAGAAGCAGCUCCGACAACUCCUACGACAUGCUCUCCCCCAGUUCGCCGACCGACCCUUUGUGCGAAAGUCACUCUGCUGGUUCGCCGACACGGCUGACUCGGACUUUAUCAUCGACUACGUUCCCAAUACUGGUUCGUCGGUGGUGUUCUUGAGCGGUGACUCUGGCCACGGUUUCAAGAUGUUCCCCAUCUUUGGCGAAUGGGUCAAGGACCUGCUUCUGGCGUCUGAUGGAAAACAGCCCGUCGCUCGAUGGCGAUGGAAGACACCUUCCAAGGAUGUCAAGGGUGAUUGGGGUGGUGCUGUCAGCUGGAGACUUGGAAACUCGAAGGAGCUGGUCGAGCUAAAGCCC